GCAGCUAGGGAUCGUCCAGGCUGCGGUGUCAGUAGCGGCACGGCCACGGGGCGCUGCGACGGCGCACCAGAGCCGGGGGCAGGUGUCUGCUCUGCGAACCUCGGAUGCGUGCAUGGGAGACAAGAGGCACCAACGCAGAGCACGAGGUGACAAGCGGAGCAAGCGAACAAGAACGCCGCCCCCGCCCCCGCCCAUAUCUAUCCCCGUCCGGCCGUAGCGAGCCGAGCGUUAACCCACCCACGUUCUCGCGAGCGCGCCAUGGAGGACACCGGGCCGCCGGCGGCGGCGGCGAGCGCGGCGCCUGGAGCGAGGGUGGAUGAUGCUGGUGCUGGUGCCGAGAGGCCGGUGGCCAAGGAGCUCAAGGUGGUGGUCGCCGUGGACGCGAGCGAGGAGAGCCUGCACGCGCUGUCGUGGGCGCUGGACAACAUCGUGCGGUGCCACCCGAACGCGUCGCUCGUCGUCGUCCACGCCCAGCACGCCGUCGACCACUUCGUCUACCCCAUCGCGGCGCACGGUAUCGGCAUCGCAUACGCGCCGCCCUCGGCGGUGGAGUCCAUGCGGAAGGCGCAGGAGGAGAACUCCCGGCGGAUCCUGGCGCGCGCCCUGGACCUGUGCAAGGAGCGGCAGGUGGACGCCACGGCGGCCGUCGUGGAGGGUGACGCCAAGGAGGCCAUCUGCCAGGCCGUCGAGCAGAUGCAGGCCGGGCUCCUCGUCCUCGGCAGCCGGGGCCUCGGCAAGAUCAAGAGGGCGUUCUUGGGCAGCGUGAGCGACUACCUCAGCCAUCACGCCUGCUGCCCGGUGCUGGUCGUCAAGCCGACCAAAGCGCAGGCCAAGUGAACUCCGGUGACGCCUGUCAAGUCCUAGUAAUGGUAUUGGUAGCAGUACUCUGAGCCGUCGAUAAGCUUGAUCAAGGCAUCAAGCUGUGUGUGUCUGUAUCUGUGUGUUUCUAAUAUUUGUACAAAACUGUACAAA